GCGGGACCCCGGGGCAGCGGCGCCGUCCCUGGGCCUGUGCGAGGGCGCUGGCGGGGCGGGACCGGGCCGGGCCGGGCCCUGCGUGCCGGGCCGGGCGCCUCCCGCGUUCCCGGGACGGCCCCGCCCGCGCGGCUGGCCUCCUGCCCGCCGCCCCGGCCCGCCCUCUCCUUCCCCCCCGCCGCCCGCCCUUCCUCACCGGGCGUCCGCGUGGGAUCGCCCGGUCCGGAGCCUGACACCGUCGCUCUGGUGCCCGCAGCGGCCGGGACCAUGGGCACACCGGCCUCGGUGGUGAGCGACCCUCCGGGCCGGGCGGCGCCCGCGGCCCGCGGCCGCAAGCGGGCCUCGGCCAACAUCUUCCAGGGCGUGGGGCUGCCGGAGCUGCGGAGCCUGUUCCGGAGCGGCGGGGCCGAGCGGCCCGAGGAGCGCGCCCGCCUCGUCUGGCGGUACGCGGGGCAGCGGCGCAUGGCGCGGGCCCUGCGGCGGCUCCGGCGGCGGCGGCCGGCCCGGCCCGGCGGCGGGAUGGCGGCUCUGCGGCGCUUCGGCCGCCUGCGGAUCGUGGAGAAGGAGCGGGAAGGCGGCCGUGGGGCCGAGGCACCCUCGGGGUCCACGUAAGCAGCGCGGAGCAGCCAGGACACGGAGGACUGGGGGCUCUCCGAGGACACUACAUGUACCGGACAGGGUGCAAGGGUUAAUAAAAGGUGGACGGUGG